AUGGCGCUGGAUAACUACACAGAAAUACAUGAAAAAUUUUUAAAUGAUAUUGGAACUGGAUCAGAACAUCAUAUUAGUUAUUCAAGCUUUUUUUUGCCAAAUAUUGCAAGAUAUGGUUGCUCAGCUCAUACUAUACAACUUGUGAUUGGCAAAUCUUUAAUUCCUUGUCAAGUUUUUUUGGCAAGAUCUAAAAGGUUAAUAAAUUUUUUCAUGUCACCAAAACAGAAUGAAUUAUUAUUAAAGGCUCAAAAAUUAAACAACUGUGACAACUAUCCAAAACAACAACAACUAUUAAGUGCAAUUGGAGAUGUUCCAACUUGUUGGAACUCUUCUUAUCUGGCUUGGGAAAGGAUUUAUAAUUUGAAAGAUGCAAUUUAUACAGCUUUAAAUACUAUAUUAAGAAAUAAAAAAGAUUCUCAAUCAAAAAAAGAUUACAAUCGAUUAAAAAAAAUUAUGUUGCAAGAAGAAGAAUGGGAUUUCAUGUUAGAGAUGAUAGGUGUAUUGGGCCCAUUUUAUGAAUUUACUCAGAUUUUGGGUGCCAGUGAUUAUGUUACCAUUAGCCUUGUGUAUCCUUUGAUAAAUACAUUGAAGAAAGAAUGCAAAAACACAACAAAUAAUGUUUAUGAUUACAAGGUGGAUUUUGAGAAAAUGAAAAUAAAUCAACCACAAGAUAUGUUUGGUUUAACUGGUGCAAUAAAAUCAUUGUUAUAUAAAUAUUUAAAUUAUUAUUGGAAACCUCCAACAGCAGAAGAAUUAACAAACAUUUACACUUUUAAAAUAUAUAAACCAACAUUAUUGGAAUCUACUUUUGAUAGUCAAGGAAAAUCUGCAUUGGGUGAAAUUGCACAUUUAAUUAAAAGAUAUGUUAGAUUAGGAUGUAAUGUUACAGAAGGUAAUGGUUUACUAGGCACUUCAGUAUCUAUUACAUCAGAUGAAUUUGUUAUAAGAAAUAUAUGGAAAGAAUCAGAUGGAAGUUAA